AGCUAAAUAAAGCAUUUUAAUCACACGCAAAUUAAGCAGAUAGGCAACUCAAUUUCCACAUUGUUUAAAACAAAAUGUCGAUCCAAGCUUCAGCAGUUCCCGUAGCCUUUACCCAAAAUAAAAACCGUCCCUCUGCAGAUUUUCAUCCCACCAUUUGGGGUGAUUAUUUCCUCUCUCACUGUGUGCAAAAGGAGCACAUCGAAAAAAUGUAGGAAUAGGUUGAAGAAUUGAAGGAAGAAGUUAAAGGGUUCGUAAUGAAAUAUUCUCAGAAAAAACCUUCGCAAAAGUUGGAGUUGAUUGAUGUAAUCCAACGUUUAGGUGUGUCUUACCAUUUUGAGAGGUAGAUUAAUGAAGUAUUAGAAAAGAUCUAUAGCUCUUAUGGCUUUCAUGAUGAAGAGGAUGAUGACCUUUACACUAUUUCACUUUGGUUUCGUUUGCUUAGGCAACAUGGUUAUUAUAUUUCGUGCGAUGUAUUUAACAAGUUCAAGGAUGGAGAUGGUGAGUUUAAGGCAUCCUUAAUUGUUGAUAUUCCUUCCAUGCUAAGUCUGUAUGAGGCAGCACACCUUCGCAUGCAUGGGGAAGAAAUUCUUGAUGAAGCCCUAGUUUUCACCACCACUCAUCUUCAGUUAGAGCUGAGUAAUAUGACCUCCGACCUUACGGAAAAGGUCACCUUUGCUCUUAACCGGUCCAUCUGUAAAAACAUACCGAGGUCAGAGACAAGAAAUUACAUCUCUUUCUAUCCUAAAGAAAAUUCCCAUAGCGAAAAUUUGUUGAAGUUGGCACAGUUGGAUUUUAAUGUUUUACAAGCAUUGCAUCAAAAGGAAGUAGCCAACCUUUCAAGGUGGUGGAAAAACUUGGACUUUAAAAGGAAGUUGCCUUAUGCAAGAGACAGACUGGUAGAAUUAUACUUUUGGAUUUAUGCAAUGUUUUUUGAACCACAAUAUUCCCUUGCAAGAGUGUUAGUUACCAAAUUACUAGCCAUGGUAUCCAUCAUAGAUGAUACCUUUGAUGCUCAUGGUACAUAUGAAGAAAUCAAACUCUUCACUGAAGCAAUCAUGAGGUGGGAUAUUAGUGCCAAAGAUGUUCUUCCAGAUUACAUGAAAAUGAUAUAUCAGGAAUUUUUGGAUAUUUAUAGUCAAUUUGAGGAGCAUACUGGCAAGGAAGGAAGAUCCUAUGGUUUAGCUUAUGCAAAACAAGCGUUCGAGAAAGAGAGAGGACAUUGUGCAUCAGCGGUUGAAUGUUGCAUGGAACAACAUGGAGUUGAAGAAGAAGAUGCAAAAAAAAUGUUGCACCAAGAAAUUGAAAAUGCUUGGAAAGAUAUAAACCAGGAGUUCAUGAAGCCAACUGCUGUAGCAACCCCUAUUCUUGACUGCGCUCUAAAUCUUGCACGAGUAUUAGAUGUUAUUUAUAAGAACGGUGACGGUUAUAGCAAUUCUCAUUUGAUCAAAGACACCAUUACUUUGCUGCUUGUCGAUCCUAUACCCAUUCACGAGCAUCUUCUUCCAUAAUAUAUUAUCCUAGCUCUAUAUAUAUAUAAUCAUAAUGAUUUCCUAUUAGAAUAUCAUAAUGGAUUUUCCAUUAAAUCUUGUAUUAUUAGUUUUUGGAUUGCUGUUAAAAUUUAAAAUUGGUGAAUUAUAUAAGUUUGGUAAAAUAAUAAAACUCUAAAAAGCAAAAUGAAAUAUAUUUUUAAAUCUUAAUUAUUGACCUUUAAAGCAAUCCAAAAGCUAAUAAAUAAGAUUUUCAUGGUUUUUCCAUUACGAUGUACUAAUAACUUAAUUCCAUUAUAUUAUAUUAUGUUAUA